CAUGGCGAGCCCGGCCGCCAGCCCCGACUCCUCGUCGCACGAGGGCCUCUCGUCCGUGAACUCGGCGCCCGCCUGCUCCCCCGCGUCCGACUCGGAAAACCUCAGCCCGGAUGAGCUGGAGCUGCUGGCCAAGCUGGAGGAGCAGAACAGGCUCCUGGAAGCCGACUCCAAAUCCAUGCGCUCCAUGAACGGCUCCCGGCGGAACAGCGGCUCCUCGCUGGUCUCCAGCUCCUCGGCCUCGUCCAACCUGAGCCACCUGGAGGAGGACACGUGGAUCCUGUGGGGCCGCAUCGUCAACGAGUGGGACGAGUGGCGCAAGAAGAAGGAGAAGCUGCUCAAGGAGCUCAUCCGGAAGGGGAUCCCGCACCACUUCCGCGCCAUCGUCUGGCAGCUGCUGUGCAGCGCCACGGACAUGCCGGUCAAGAACCAGUACUCGGAGCUGCUCAAGAUGUCGUCGCCGUGCGAGAAGCUGAUCCGCAGGGACAUCGCGCGCACCUACCCCGAGCACGAGUUCUUCAAGGGCCAGGACAGCCUGGGCCAGGAGGUCCUCUUCAACGUCAUGAAGGCCUAUUCCCUCGUGGACCGGGAGGUCGGAUACUGCCAGGGCAGCGCCUUCAUCGUGGGCCUGCUGCUCAUGCAGAUGCCGGAGGAGGAGGCGUUCUGCGUCUUCGUGCGGCUCAUGCAGGAAUACCGCCUGCGGGAGCUCUUCAAGCCCAGCAUGGCCGAGCUGGGGCUCUGCAUCUACCAGUUCGAGUACCUGCUCCAGGUGGGCGCCGCUCCGGGGCGGAUCCGCCGGGAGGGCGGGAGGAGGCGGCAGGAAGCGCCGGGAGGCGGGAUCCGCUCCAGCUUCCCCUUGCCGGUGGCCACGCGGGUCUUCGACAUCUUCAUGUACGAGGGGCUGGAGAUCGUCUUCCGCGUGGGAAUGGCCCUGCUGCAGGUCAACCAGGCCGAGCUCAUCCAGCUGGACAUGGAGGGCAUGUCCCAGUUCUUCCAGAAGGUCAUUCCCCACCAGUUCGACAGCUGCCCGGACAAGCUCAUCCUCAAGGCCUACCAGGUCAAGUACAACCCCAAGAAGAUGAAGCGCCUGGAGAAGGAAUACGCCGCCAUCAAGAACAAGGAGAUGGAGGAGCAGAUCGAGAUCAAGGGCAACCCGCGCUUCACCGAGGAGUUCGUCACCCACCUGGAGACGGAGCUGGAGCAGUCGCGGCUGCGCGAGGCCGAGACCCUCAGCGCCCUCAAGGAGAUGCAGGACAAAGUGCUGGACAUGGAGAAGCGGAGCAGCCUCCUCCCGGACGAGCACAACGUGGCGCGGCUGCAGGAGGAGCUCAAGGCGCUCAAGGUGCGCGAGGCCGAGGCCGUCAAGUCGCUCAAGGAGCUGCAGCACAUGGCCGCCGUGGCCGAGAUGCGGCAGCGCAUCGCCGAGCUGGAGAUCCAGCGCGAGGAGGGCAUGAUCCAGGGCCAGCUCAACAACUCGGACGCGUCGCAGUACAUCCGCGAGCUCAAGGACCACAUCGACGAGCUCAAGGCCGAGAUCCGGCUGCUCAAGGGCCCCAAGGCCUUCGGGGAGGUUGACUCCGCGCCCAACGUCGAGGCUGACCCCAAGCAGCGGCUGGUGCUGACCCCCACACUCGUAUUGGGGUGGAACGCAAGCUCCGACAUGACGGGUCAAAACCAAGCGUUGGGGUCCAGCCCCCACGUGGACAUUCACGUUGAUGCCACAUGA